UAAGUACUCUUAGCAGAGCAAAACAAGCGCACAAUUUGUAUUUCACAGAAAACUCCGCGUAAUUGCAAUCAAAUGCACAGUGUUAUUUCAUAAAAAUAAUAUGUAUUCAGAGUUAAUUUAUCACAAUGUUCCAACUCCGCCGGCAACGAACAUACCGUUGUCGGUUGCAGCACCAGACGGCGGCUUCCUUUAUGACGGCGUACGCAGCAUAAACUACAUAUCAGCAGAGCCGGCAGAUGCUGCAGAGAAGUCACAAGUUAAAAUCAUGUCCACGCGCUUCAACAUCAUUGCACUCGAUGUCAGUCCCCUGUGGGGCAAGGGAAGACAGCCAUUUGCCAUAGUUGGCGACGAUCUGAGUGUGCAAGUGUGGGACUGCAUGCUGGGCGGGGCUGUCAGCGGCCACAAGGCGCAUCAACAUCAGCACGAGGCCCGCAAUUUCAGAGGAAGCCGUCCCUUUGAAACUGCCGUUCUAAUGAGCUACAUGAGCAACGGCAAUACACUUUCGAUAGAUGCCAGUGAUUUGGUCAUCUAUUGUGUGGCCUCCAACACCUUUUGCCGUCGUCCCACAUUCAUUCCGUCGCGCAAUCACCACCCCGAAGUCCUGCGCUGCUCUCCCUACAACGACAACGUAUUUGCUUUGGGCACGACGUUGGGAGCUGUGUUAGUUUGCGACCUGCUCAAGAUGAGCAUCGUUUAUAAAUUCAAUGGCCAUAAGAACUGUAUCAAUGGAUUGGCAUGGCGGCAGGUGUCUCUCCCCUUCGAAGAGGAAAAGUUGAAUCUCGAUACGUUGUCCUCGCGAGCUGGGCGGUGGCGCAGUCGCAAAGAAGAUGAGGUAGCCGAAGCCUCUUCCAAACCAAAACCCAAACCCCCUCCGCUGGUCAAGUCCAAGCCAGCCGAAUCCGAUGAUCUGUUUGACAUUUACAACUUUGAUCAUCUGGAAUGAGAGUUCGGGGCGCCGGUAGACGCCCGACGCAAGUCAUCCGACGAUUGCGGUGACGACUUUGUUGGCCUGGAAAAGCCAGCAGGAGCCGCUGCCCUCGAUUUUGUGGAGGCCUGUGAGAGCAUUAAAGCGGAUAUAAUGGCCAAUCGCUCGGAGGCGGUUGGCGGUGUGGAGGUGACUUUAGACGACUGCCAGCCCACAAAACCAUCUGGUCCCCUCAGCGAUGCCAGCAACAUAAGCCACAAUGACAGCGCAACAAGCAACAAUCAAAAUGCCGCCCUGCCCAGCAAUUCCACCGAAGGCAGUCUGGAGGUUAUCCAAUACAGCUCCUCCAGCGACGAUGCCGUGAUCGUCGAUGGCGAUGCAGCCAAGCCGAAACGAGAGGUGCUGUAUCACAUCUAUCACCGGGCCGAAGUGCACGCUCCCGAGACAUCUCAAAUUCAAAUGAAUCCCGAGCCUGAUUUAAAAACCGCAUUGGUUGAGGAGAGCAGUACCGAGUCGAUCAUUUCGAGUUCCAUAAACUCGUCCAUUCGCCCAGACAUUCUCCUGGUAUCCGUUGAUGCCGAAGAGGUGGUGAUGAUCUGGAAUACGAACACGGGCGCACAUGCCGGCAAGAACUACAGCAGUGGCAAGUUAACAGGUGAGAUCCAUAUGAAAAACACAGCCCUGGACCAUCUUCAUCCCUAGAUAUCUACAGAUCAGUAUUGCAGUGUCAUGUGGCUAAAUGACCGCACCAUUGUCUCCCUGGGUCGGCAUCAGUUGUCCUUCUGGUCACUGGUGUACGAUCGAAAAAUGCUUCGCUACAAGAUCAACAAGGACAAGGAGCACAAGUGUGGCACAAAGGACAUACUAUCUUUUACCACUAAAUGCAGCAAACAGCAGCUAUGGGUGUGCAGAAACAAUCGCACGACCGCACUGAUGGAUCCCCUCACUGGCCACAUAAUCACCAACUACAGCUCAUUGGUCUUUGGAGUGCGGGCCAUGGUCGAGUGUCCGGAUGAUAUGAACAAAAUCGCUCUGGGAUGUUCGGACCGUCGCGUGGCCUUCUUUGAUCUGUCUAAACUGGCCACGAACGGCACGGCCAUCACUACUAGCCAUAUUGUCAGCAAUGUCUACUCCCUGGCUUGGAGUCCCGACUGCUUGCAACUCGCCUGCGGCACCUACGAGGGAUCUGUGGCGAUUCUCGACGUGGGGACCAUGAAAGUGAAGAGAACCAUUUAAGGGCCCCAAAAGAAAGAAGUCUACAGUUUGGUGUGGCAGGAAAACUACAUCUACUUUGUUGUGAACCGCAAGCUUUGCUUCGUUGAUUUAAGCCGGCUCAAAACAGAAGUUACUGUUCUUAACCUAAUGGAACGCACGUGCUUCCUGACCAUUCGUGGAUCUUUCCUCUUUUUGGGCUCCGAGGACGGCGUACUGCAGUUGCACGAACAUAAGCCCGACCAGAUUUCCAGAUGGGGCCCUGUUCUGCGCCAGUCAGCACUGCUGUCUCGGUACAUUACGGACAUUACCUGGAAUCCGUUGGAGAGCAAUGUCUUUGCUGUUGUGGGCCACGACAAGUAUGUCAUAAUAUUGGAAUUUCUGGAGGCGGAUCGCAACUGGAGGGCGCUCCAUACAUUCACGGCCAGCGACCCGAAGGGAUCGAUCACCUCGCUGAAGUGGAGCAAUUAUCAGAAGAACCUGUUGCUCACUUUCCACAUCGAGGGAAAGGUGUGCAUGUGGGACACUCAUGAUCCGAAGAAGCCGCCUCUGACCUACCACUGCCCCAUGUGGUGCGGUAUGUUCUUGCCCUCCGAUGAGAACAUCGUGAUGUGCUCUGGCAAGUCGAUUUCCCUGGAACUUAUCAAUAUUAAAGACGCCUUGGCUGGAGACGAUAGAAACAUUUGCUCCAAAGUUGAUGGACUGCUCAAUGUCAAGUGGGCCACCAAAUCCCUGGUGCAGCCGUAUGCACCUCCCACCAGAGCAGAGGUUAAAAAAAUUCAGCGCAAAGAUCGACGUAUGAGGAGGGUCUAUGGAGGGCCACGUGAAGUGCAGGAGGUGAUCCCAGAUCGCGAGGCGACGAAUGACCCCAAUGACCGAAAAGUAGAGGAGAUGUUCGGCGAUAUGACCCUUGACCGGAAUCCAGAACCUAGCCAGAGCACAAACGAGUGCCGCAAGUGCAAGGAAAAUGAGUCUGCUAGCCAGGCUCCAGAGAGUGUCCCUACCACUACCCGCACCUGCCUCUACCUCGCCCAAAAGGAUCUCAACAAGAACGCCCUAAGAAAGCUGGCGAUUGUGCUGACCGAAGAUGCGGAAAAGAUUGACAAAUUCGUGCUCCUGUCUAAGCUGUUUGGCACCAAGGCGAUGGCCAAGGAGCUAAUUGAAAUGGAGUUGACCAAUUUAAAGCACUCCAAUUCGAAGGAUAUUGCUCCGCUUUGCCUGAAUAUACCCACAUUUAAGCUGCGCAAGGAGUUAGAGGAGCAAAUUGCCAACAAGACACUUACGGAAGGUCACCUGGCUGUGGCCCCCUUCGUGUCCUAUGUGUUUUGGCGAGACUGUUGCGAAGCCUAUGCCAAGCAGAUGGAGGAGAAGGGCUACAUCAUGCAUGCGGCCACGUAUCGCUUUAGCUUGGGCCAGCAUAGGGAGGCCAUCGAUCUGCUCCUGGCCAACGAGUAUUUUAAGGAGGCCUUGGUCCAUGCCCGCAUCAGUUUGCCGGCCACGGACCCCAAGAUAAAAACUAUUAUCAAUCAGUGGCUGGAGAGGCUGGAGAAGACGGGAAACUUUGAAGCGGCUGCUCUGAUAUGCGUGCUGGACAACGAGAUGAUGCGUGGGUACAUGUAUCUGCGCAAGUUCCACAAUUGCACGCCCGAGAUUGCCGAUCUAAUGGCCCAAAUCAAGCGCCUUGGCCGAGUGUUAGAUGGCUGCGCUCCCGGUGAACCACCAGCCCUGAAUGGAGAAGCUAGCGACCAUGUUGCCUAAUUGAUAUUAAGUUAUUUUCAAACAUAGAAAAGGCUGUACACUUUUAUGCAUUUCAUAGUUUAUCCCAAGACAGAGACUAGAGCUGCGCCGUAACUGAAAUAUUUGAUUUAAUCAACAUGAAAUGCACUAUACAAUAGAUAGAGAAAACAUGAAAAUUGAUUUUUGAAUAAAUGAAAAUGAGAAAC